GCUAGCCUGGCCACACUUGAUUUUACCCCACAUUUUCUCGAUGAUCGGCGAAGCCUCCUCCUCCAGAACCGCGGCGGCGAUGCCGCUUCCGCUGCCGCCGCCUUCUUCUCCUGAUCCGACGCAACUAGCCCCUGGAUUCCGAUUUCACCCAACGGAUGAGGAGCUUGUGAGCUAUUACCUCAAGCGGAAGGUUACCGGCCGGCCAAUCCGCGUCGAUGCAAUCUCUGAGGUCGAUGUAUAUGGAGCCGAGCCGUGGGAACUCCCGCCACUCUCGCGCCUCCGGAGUCGCGACUUGGAGUGGUACUUCUUUACCUCCUUGGGUAGGAAGUAUUCUAAUCGCUGUCGCACCAAUCGCGCCACUGUAGAGGGUUAUUGGAAGACAACCGGCAAGGAUAGGCCCAUUCAGAGUCGAUCUCGUACCAUCGGCAUGAAGAAAACCCUAGUUUAUCAUGCCGGUCGGGCACCGCGCGGUCAGCGAACCAAUUGGGUCAUGCACGAAUAUCGUUUAGAGGACGAGAAUCUUUCUAGCUCUGGGAUUCAGCAGGAUGGCUACGUGGUGUGCAGGAUUUUUCAGAAAACUGGUGCUGGACCACAGAAUGGAGCCCAGUAUGGCGCACCGUUUAUAGAAGAAGAAUGGGAGCUGGAGGAAGAAGAGGAUGCUAACGUUGUCCUAGUAAAUGAGGCUAGAGAUGAUGCGCUUAUGGAUCCUUGUGUACGUGAUUUUGUUCAGUUGGGCGAUUUUCUCCUGGAUGAGGAAUCAAGCACUCAACAUGUGGAUGUUGUCCCUCACAUUGCAAGGUCUGAUGACGAAGACCAUGGUUGUGACAUGGAGGAUCCAUCUAAUUUUCUUAUUGAAUGUUUGAAAGAGCAGGGUUAUGAUGGUGAUUUGCCUCCAGAUGCAGAUUUCCCUACUAUGGAAGAACGCAAAAUAUCAUUGAAUAGGCUUGGAAAACAGAAGGCUCUUGAAUAUCAGUCAAAUUCCUCUUCUAUCCAGAAUAAUGCAUAUGUGCAGUUGAAGGAUAUUUUUGGUGAGGAAAACGCAAGUGCCAUUCUCAAUAUAGAGUCAACUGAUUGCUGCAUGGAGAGAUGCAAUAAUAAAUCUUCUGUGGAUGAAGUGGGUCAUUCUGAAAUUCUACCUCAAGAUGCUGAUAAUCUUGAUGACAUGCCAUCACAAUAUCCUUCUGGCCCAUUGGCUGAUGGUAACUUGGUAUAUUAUGACGCUGUUUUCCAUGAAGUUCCAUGCUUAGAAGAUGGCCUCACAAAUGAAACUUCAUUGGCGCCUAAGGUUGAAUUUGAUUUUCUGGAUGAAUUAAUGGCCUACUAUGAUGCCACAGAAGAUAACUUAAACUAUCCCAUUCCAGAUUCCUUUGAACCACGGCUUGAGUCAAGUGCCUCCUCUAAGGUUGUUGCAAGCUGCUCAUCUGGCAAGGACGUUCCUGUUCGACAAAAUUUAGAAGCUUAUGAAUCACUUCAAAGGGCACCCAUCAAUGAUGAUCCUUUAAGUGGGUGGAAUGGGAAUCACAUAGCAGAUGGAGAGCUUAAAGAUUGUCAGGACAAAACAUUAACAAAACGACUUGCAACUCUGUUGAAUGCCAUUUCAGCUCCCCCUGCGCUUGCUGUUGAAGCUGCUGCAAUUAGCAAAAUAGUGGGAAAAACUUCUGCAGCAUCAGCCAAUGCAACAGAUACAGUUCACGUCACUGCAGGGAUGAUCCAAAUACAAAGCUUGAUAUCCUCAGUGGGCACAGAGAGCUGGAAAUUGCAGAAGCAUUCAGAGAUGGGUAUCCUUCUUUCCUACGGCAUUAGCAAAUCACUUAGCAAUGAAAGAAGAAUGAAGGUUCAUAGUGGAUUUAUUUCUUCGGUUUGCUGGGCUGGCUUUCAGAUUCUCUUACUCGGUUCAUUUGUGCUUCUUUUGAGCUACAAAUUGGGUGUUUGUGAUAGCAACCUGUAAGUUGGCUUCUUCGCCUCAUUGUUUUGCUGAUAUAUUUGGAAUUAGACUUUACUUAGAAGUUUCUAAGAUUUGUGUUCCAUGAUUAGGACACAAUGAAGGAAAAGAAUUCAUAUAACUAAUUCCACGUAAUGGGAUAAAGGCUUGUAAUUGUUGUUGAUUACAAUGAUGAUGGUAACUUAACAUUAUUAUUGCAAUGGUGUUUUUAUA